AUGGUCCCCAUCCACCUCUCUCGUAAGUGCCCUUCCCGCCAUAACACCUCCUUACUUCGAGUCCUGCGUCGGCCCAUCCACACUCUCUCUAAGUCCUGUCCCCCAUCCAGCGCUCGUGCUCGUAAGUCCUGUCGCGGGGGGCGCCCGAUGCCGCACUGUGAGGUGCGCCCUGGCCCAGAGUUCCUGACGCGGUCGUACCGGGUUCGUCCCCACAACACGUUCCAGGCCAACCAGUUCUACUACAGGGACAACCACUGCACCAGCCCCACCUACACCCUGGUGGCCCGGGAACGACUGAGGCUCAGACGCUCCUGGAUAAUCAGAGGAGGAACAGAGGCGCGACUACCAGCUCCACGCACACAGGUGGUGUGUCACAGUGCAGACGUGGCCAAAGACCUGAACCAGCGGUUGAACCGGAGCUGUCGGGGCGCCGUGAGGAGCAAAGCACCAUGGGAACCCAAUGUAAACUAUGAGCUGUGGAGUGAAGAGAGCGGCUGUGACUGCUCCAGGGAGCUCAACUUCUCCAUGCACGAGCUGCAGCUGCAGCGUGUGGAGAAGCAGUACCUCCAUCAUAACGUGGAUCACCUGGUUGAGGAGCUGUUUCUGGGAGACAUCCACACGGAGAAAUCCCAGAGGAUUUAUUAUAGGCCGUCGAGCUAUCAGGCUGCGUUACAACAUGCUAAGAACCAUGACCAAGGCUGCACUGCCUGUCGUAUCAUCUCCCGGUCGGAUGAGUUCCACCCUCCCAUCCUGGCGCCGCGGGCGGACAUGACAGUGGGGCUGUACGGCCAAUGGGUGAGCCAGCGCUGUGAGGUCCGCCCCGAGGUCCUCUUCCUGUCCCGUCACUUCAUCUUCCAUGACAACAACCAGACCUGGGAGGGCCACUACUACCACUACUCUGACCCCAUCUGCAAACARCCCUCCUUCAGUAUCUACGCUAGAGGGAGGUACAGCCGAGGAACGCACUCUACUAGAGUUAUGGGAGGCACGGAGUUCGUCUUCAAAGACCUGGCCACUACUUCUCUUCUCAACGUGUUCAACGGAAACGAGUGUGGCUCCCAGGGCUCCGGGAGGUCGGAGUUGAACAGGACGUCACCCUGA